AUCAUAAAUUAAAAGGGAGCGUAAUGGCUGGAAUACACUAGAGUUUUCAAAUCUGAACAGAUUUUUUUAAAACUAGACAUACACUUGCAGACUUUUUUUAAGUUUUAGAUAGAAGCACACUAACUGCUUAGAGCAUUGCACUAAUGCCAAGGUCAUGGGUUUGAUCCCAGGGGUUUGCACAUACAUAGUCAGAAACAAAAUGUAUAAUAUACUGCAGUGUAAAUCGCUUUGGAAAAAAGCGUCUGUCAAAAGCAUAAAUGUAAAUGUAAUGUAACUGAUCAAAUCUACAGACUGGCACAGACUUUCUGCAACAAGUCCAGACUGAAAAUCCUGGCAAAGUCUUACAGUGUAUUUUAGCUCUAAUGUGUUUAAAGGUUAGCUGUAAAUUGAUACAUAACUUUGUAAUUGGGGGUUUUUGGUUUGCAAAAUGUCAUAAUUGAUUUUAGUCUUUCUUUAUCAGCAAGGCACACUGGUGUAAAUCAGUGGGGUAAAACGCCACCUGCUGGUGGAAUAUAGAGAUAGCAGAUUUGUGGACGGCAGUUAACGAAUGUAUUAAACAUAGGCGAACUUAUAAGAAGAAAAAACGAAUGCAACGUAAAACAAGAUACUGACAAAAACAGUAUAAUAAACACCAGUGGGAUCACAAAGAAUUGCCUAAUUUUGCCACGUGAACUACAUAGUUUCACAAUAAAGCGUUAUUUUGUAAUGUUUGAUAGUACAGUUUUGUGAAUUUAUAUGACAGAAAUGUGUCUUUUCAACCAUUAAUAAAUACAAUUCAAAUAAACAUAAUUAGAUUUUCUUCAAAUAAAUUAGCUACUUAGAAAUCCCAAUUAUGUAUUUCGCACUACGGAUCGAUCUGGCAACACAGGACAGGACGCGUUGAUGUUGCUAUAGUAACGUCAACUGAAAACAGAGCGCGCUUUCCGUUGCCAAUAUGGUACAUUGGAGUUCUCACAAGAUUUUGCCAUAAAGUUAUAUUAGGUUGUUUUCACCACAACAAAACAAGAAUGGCUCUCCACGACACCCGAGUGCAGUGGAUAAAAACGGUUGUAGGUGUCACAUUUGACCUCACUCAUUUUGGCUGCUUUGAGGAGUUGCUCGCCCGCGGUGAUGGAGAGGACGAGCAGAAAAUCCUUCACUUUUUAAAUGAAGUUACAAAAGACGAAGAGACAUCAACGCUUUUGUUCUUUAAAAAUAUAAGGGAGGUCGAAGUGGAAGUCCAUGAGGAUUCACCAGAAGUUGAGGAGCAUGCCACAGAGAGAAGUCAGUCCGUUGCUUCACAGCUAUCACUCACCUCAAGCAGAGCGAAAACACCUGGGGACCGAAAAAGAGUAGGUGAAAAAGGAAACAUUCAGGAGACCUCACACCCAACAGAGGACACUCAGAUACAGAAUCUCUCAUCUGAGGGCCUGGCAGAGGCAACAAAUGCGGAUAAAUCACCUCGCAAUAUUGAGAUUCAGGUUCAGUAUCAUGUGGAGCUCCAUGUGGCUUUGAACAACAUCCCAGAAAGGUUUUCGAAGAACACCGUUGUAUAUUUUCAAAGGAACACGAAUGAAACAAUUAGUGAACCUGCAGACUUAAAUGAGGCAAAUCAUUUGAUGCCCAAACUUGUUGAGUUUGGCCGGAUGAGUGGCAACCCCCUAAAGAUCCUUAGAGGGCUUCUCAACCAUAUCUAUAUCCCUCUUCUGUCAGUGCACCAGUUGAGCCUUACUGAUGGCUAUAAUGGUGAGGCUGGCAUUCAAGAUAAUGACACGAUGGGUAAGAGAAAAGCAGAUGAAGAGCACCAGCUUCCUGAAUCUCGUGGGCUUGGUGAAGUUCGGGAUGAACUCCUCAGUGGCACAUAUAAGUUCUUGGGGGUCUUAGAUAAAACCCUGCAGCAGUUGGAAGGUGAAUUUAAACUACACAUUCCAGAUCUUGAUUUGGAGGGUGAGGUGGAGGGGAUUUUGUCCAGUUUAGUGAUGGUGGAGAAGCUGGAGCAGUGUGUGAUGAACUGGCAGACACAAAUCACUAUUUUCCUUGAAGAGCAGAAAAGAAAGAAACCACAGGGAAAUGGUCCUUUGGCAGAGAUCGACUUCUGGCGUGAACGUAGUGCUGUCUUUAGUUGUGUAAAUGAACAGCUGAAGCUGCCUGUGGUCAAGAAGAUUGUAGAUGUGAUGAUCCGUGCUGAUUCCUUCACAGUGCAGGAGCUAGAAAAGACCAUAGCUGAAAUUUCCAAAUAUUAUGAGGAGUCUGCCAAUAAUUUACUAUUUCUUAGAACAUUGGAGAGGCAGUUUAAGAACCUUGUCACAGGGGUGGACUUCAAAGUGGUCUUUGACACUAUUCCAGAGAUUAUGAAUGGAUUGCGUCUUAUCUGGAUAUUAUCCAGGCAUUAUAACUCAGAUGAGCGAAUGGCAUGUCUGAUGGAAUGCAUUGCCUGGGAACUGUCAGAGCGGGUUACCAGAGUUGUGAACCUCCAUGUUCUUUUUAAAGACCAGAGGGUAGUGUCCAAAGCCAAGGCUCAGGGUGGAAAGCAAAUCUUAGAUCUGUGGAAGAGCUGUUAUUUUGAGGUCCGUGCACGAAUUGAGGGAUCAGAUCUCUGUUCCCGCUGGGAAUUUGAUCGCAAAAAACUGUUUGAAAAAACAGACUAUAUGGCUUCAAUCUGUCAGGAUUUGUUCGACGUCUUGCAGACUCUGGAUGAGUUUUACAUUAUUUUUGGACACGAGUUAAAAACGGUGACGGGUGAUGUAAAACGAAUAGAUGAUGUUUUACGCCGAGUAGAUUCUCUUGUCACACCAUUUGAGGAGCUUACCUUCGACCAUUUCGACAUCCGCAAGAUGGGCAGUUGGAAGAUGAUGAUGCAAGAAUUCAAAACUGAAGUACAGGCUAUUGAAGGAGAAGCUAUCAAUUUCAUUGAUCAAUCCUUCAAGUCGCUGCGUUCUGCUUCUGCUGCCUUUGACCUGCUGCUGAAAUUCAAGCACCUCCGUUCCAGGGACGGCAUUAACAAUCAGCUGAUGAAGAAGUUUAAUGAUAUUCUCGCUCAGUAUGACAAAGAGGUGGACUUUAUAAGUGACCUAUUUGUAAAACAAAAAGAUAAUCCACCUCUCAUCAAGAAUCAGCCUCCUGUUGCAGGGUCGAUCUAUUGGGAGCGUUCGCUGUUGGACCGCAUGACAAGCCCUAUCCAACGUUUCAUGGAAAUGAAAGAGAUGAUGGAAAGUGAAGAAGGCAAAGCAGUGAAAGCCAAAUACACAGAGGUGGCAAGUCGUAUGAGAGACUACGAGAUGCAGCGUUAUCUUCACUGGAAAGCAGAGACUGACAGGUCUCUUCCUCUCCUCUUGAAGAAAACUGUGCUACUCAUGGUCAACAGCGGUGGUGUUGUUUGUGCAGACUUCACAAAGCCAGAUACUGCGGCUCAGGGUACAGUGAGGAAUGUGGAGAAAGAUGUGCGCUUCAUUGUAAAUUUUCCCUUUGAGCUAAAGCAGAUCAUAUCUGAAUCUACAUACCUGGAUCAGCUGGAUUUUGCGAUAUCAGAACUGGCACGAAAUGUUGCACUGCAGGAAGAACAAUUUCAUAGGUACAUAAAUGGACUGCGGACAUUAGUAAAGCAUUAUCAUUCUCUGAUGGACAGUCUAAACGAUGCAGAGUUCUCACUGAUGGCUGAACAGGUGCAAGAACUUAGACAAGUGCUGCACUAUGGGUGCAAAAGACUCAACUGGAAUUUCCUGAGUAUACCAGAAUUCAUUCAACGUGGAAACCAGGCCAUUUCCAAGUUUGAGUCCCUAAUGAACCAAAUUCAGAAGAAUGAAAAAGACAUUGAAGACAAACUUAAAUCUAUUGAAUCAGCAAACCUUUUCAAGUUCCCAGCACCAGUCAACACAGGACAUCUACCAGGCAUAAAGGAGUUCUUUGACUUCAUCGAGCUUGAAAGGACAAAGGUUGUAAAUGUGCUGGUGAAUAAGCAUGCAGCAAUCAGUCCACUUCUCACCAAGAUGGAGAGUUUGAUCAUGGGGACUAACACUGGCAAAGCCCAGCACAUGGUCCUGUUUUACACUUACUGGGAGCACAAGAUCUUCGACUCGCUCACCAAGAUGGUGCUCAAGAAUAUUCAAGCUUUUAACACUGCACUGAUGGGCACAACACCACUCUUCCAAAUUGACACCAUCCUUGCCGCUCCUCAGAUUGCAUUGCAUCCCAAGAGCAGUGAGGUGUACAAGCUUAUUAAACAGUGUGUCAGUGACUGUGUGGAGAGCACCAAGCGAUUUGUUCGCUGGAUGCAUGGCAGUUGCAUCCAGUGUCCUCCACAGCACGUGGAUGGUGAAGAUAAGCCAUUCAUCUACACCUUUUAUAGUGAAGUGUGUCAGGUUCCACAGAUAAACGAGCAAGCCACAGCUGUCACCCAGAGUAUGCAGCGUCUCCUUAACGGAGUAAGCGUCUACCUCAAAUACUGGAUGAACUACCGCUCUCUCUGGAAUCCCGAUAAGGCUAUCAUCCUGGAAAAGUUUGCAGCCAGGAAACCAUCCUGCGUGAUGUACGAUGAUAAGUUUCAGUUCUACACCAAGGUCAGCCAAGAGGUGGCAAGGCAGCCCUCAUUGAUAAACGAACACAUCAUCAGGCUAAACCUGGAGCCACUGGCACGUGCCGUGCAGGAGAACGCCCAGGCGUGGGUCACUUCUCUGGGCAGGCUGCUCAAUGACUCGGCACGAGAAGAACUUUUUACCCUCCGAAAUGAGCUGGUGAAAUUGUCAGAAAAUUUGAAGAGGAGUCCAAAUACUUUGGAAGAGCUGAAAUUUGUUCUGGGUACCAUCACGGACAUUAGAGACAUGUCUCUAUCAGUAGAAAUGAGAUUCAUUGACAUUCAAGAGAGAUACAGAACACUCAGCAUGUACAAUGUGGAGGUUGUAGAGGAAGAGUUGCAGCUGUCUGCAAACCUUGGCAAUAUGUGGAGCGGACUGUUUAUGGAGUCUAGACAGGUUGACCGCAGUCUGGGAAAAGUAAAGAGGACUUUUUCUGAGAUUACUCUUAAGCAGACCGAGGAGUAUAAACAGGAGCUCUCGAUAUUUGCUGAGAGCUUCAACAUGCAUGGGCCCGGAGCUGUAGGAGAUGAUCUAGAGAAAGGAUUGAUGAUCAUGGACACCUACGAGAAAGAGCUAGCUAAGGUAGAAGCAAGCCGUCAGGAACUGGCUAAAGCUGAGAAGCUGUUUGACCUGCCCAUCACUAUGUACCCAGAACUCCUCAAUGUGCAGAAAGAGAUGAUAGGCCUGAGACAAAUCUAUGAGAUUUCUAAGGCUCAGAAGACCGCAAAAGAAGAAUGGUCACAGACCCUAUGGGUAAAUCUAAACAUCGAAGUCCUCCAAGAGGGUAUAGAGGGAUUUAUCAAGAGCUUACGGAAGCUGCCGAAGGAUGUGAGGGCUCUUCCUGUGUCUUUCUUCCUGGAGGGACGCUUGAAGGAACUCAAAGAGUCACUACCCCUUCUGUUAGAUCUAAAGAAUAAAGCUCUCAGAAACAGGCACUGGAAGAACCUCAUGGAGAGGACAGGCACCAGCUUUGAGAUGAACCCAGGCACCUUCACUCUGGAGAACAUGUUCUCCAUGGAACUCCACAAGUAUGGCAACGUCAUCAGUGACAUUGUUAACUCAGCUGUGAAGGAGCUUGGCAUUGAGAAGGGAGUGAAAGAAGUGGAGGAAACAUGGGAGAAUAUGAAGUUCAAUGUGCAGAGGUAUAUUAAAGGCACACAUGAGCAUGGGUUCAUCCUCGGAGCCGUGGAUGACAUCCUCCAGCAUCUGGAUGAUGAUGCCAUGAACCUGCAGAGUAUGGCAGGCAGCCACUUUGUUGGACCGUUCCUGGCAACUGUGCAGCAGUGGGAGAAGAAUCUGUCACUCAUUAGUGAAAUUAUUGAGGUUUGGAUGGUAGUCCAACAAAAAUGGAUGUACCUGGAGAGCAUCUUUAUUGGAGGUGACAUUCGCUCUCAACUACCCGAAGAAGCCAAAAAAUUUGACAAUAUUGACAAAAUGUUCAAAAAGAUAAUGACGGACACAGUGAAGGACCCUUGCAUUAAGAGGUGUUGUCUAGUUCCAAAUCGCCUGACUGACCUCCAGAACCUCAGCGAUGGGUUAGAGUGCUGCCAGAAGAGCCUGAAUGAUUACCUUGAUUCCAAACGGAAUGCCUUUCCACGCUUCUUCUUCAUCUCCGACGAUGAACUGCUCAGUAUUCUGGGCAGCAGUGAGGCUACUUGUGUGCAGGAGCACAUGAUCAAGAUGUAUGAUAAUAUAGCUGCUCUGCGCUUUGAUACGGGGAUGAAUGGCGAAAUGGUGGCAAAUGCUUUGGUGUCCGCGGAGGGCGAAGUGAUGGAGUUCAAGCAGCCUGUACCUGCCGAGGGGCGUGUGGAGGACUGGAUGACCGGAGUCCUGCUGGAGAUGAGAAGAAGCAACAGACUCAUCACCAAAGAGGCUAUUUACUUCUACAGCCAUCAGAAGACAAGGGUGGAUUGGAUGCUGGACUACCAGGGCAUGGUGGUGCUGGCAGCCAAUCAGGUGUGGUGGACAUGGGAGGUAGAAGAUGUCUUCAAAAGGAUAAAUCAUGGAGAAAAACAGGCGAUGAAACUGUAUGCGACGAAAAUGCACCAGCAGAUCAAUGAUCUUGUGAGACGCAUCACGCAACCAUUAAAGAAGAAUGACAGACGCAAACUCAACACUGUCCUCAUCAUAGAUGUUCAUGCAAGGGACAUUGUGGACGCUUUUGUCAGAGACGGUAUCACAGACACCUGUGAGUUUGAAUGGGAGAGUCAGUUAAGAUUCUACUGGGUUAAGGAGCCAGAUGAGCUGUUUGUGCGACAAUGCAGCGCUCAGUUCUCCUACGGAUACGAGUAUAUGGGACUGAAUGGACGGUUGGUCAUUACUCCACUGACCGACCGUAUCUAUCUCACACUUACUCAGGCGUUGUCUAUGUUCUUGGGUGGAGCACCGGCUGGGCCUGCAGGUACGGGGAAAACAGAAUCCACUAAAGAUCUGGCCAAGGCUUUGGGGCUUUUGUGUGUGGUCACCAACUGCGGAGAGGGGAUGGAUUACAUGGCUGUGGGAAAGAUCCUCUCUGGUUUAGCUCAGUGCGGAGCCUGGGGCUGUUUUGAUGAGUUUAACCGCAUUGAUGCCUCCGUGCUGUCUGUCAUCUCCUCCCAGAUCCAAACCAUCCGAAACGCUCUCAUGCUGCACCUCAAGAGGUUUCAUUUUGAAGGUCACGAGAUCAGUCUGGACAACCGCAUUGGCAUCUUCAUCACAAUGAACCCCGGUUAUGCUGGCCGCACAGAGUUGCCCGAGUCAGUGAAAGCUCUGUUCAGACCGGUGGUGGUCAUCGUGCCUGACCUGCAGCAGAUCUGUGAGAUCAUGCUCUUUUCUGAGGGCUUCCUUAUGGCUAAGGUUUUGGCAAAGAAGAUGACAGUGUUGUACAAACUGGCACGCGAGCAGCUUUCCAAACAGUCCCACUAUGACUUUGGUCUCAGAGCACUGAAGUCAGUGUUGGUCAUGGCCGGAGAGCUGAAAAGAGACUCACCUGACCUCAGUGAGGAUGUUGUUUUGAUGAGGGCUCUUAGAGAUAUGAAUCUGCCCAAGUUUGUAUUUGAGGAUGUUCCUCUGUUCUUGGGGCUUAUAUCAGAUCUGUUUCCUGGGCUAGACUGCCCACGUGUCCGUUACCCCAGCUUAAAUGAUGCUGUGGAGGCCACCCUGCAGGAGAACAAAUAUAUUAUGCUGCCUGCCCAGUUGGACAAAGUGGUGCAAAUGUAUGAGACCAUGAUGACCAGACACACCACAAUGGUGGUUGGACCAACAGGGGGAGGAAAAUCUGUGGUGAUCAACACGCUCUGCCAAUCCCAGACCAGAUUGGGCUUGCUGACCAAACUGUACACCCUGAACCCUAAAGCGAUGAGUGUGAUCGAGCUGUAUGGGAUUCUGGAUACGGUCACGCGAGAUUGGACUGAUGGGAUACUGUCUAACAUAUUUCGAGACAUCAACAAACCCACAGACAAAAAAGAACGGAGGUACAUACUGUUUGAUGGAGAUGUUGAUGCUCUUUGGGUGGAGAAUAUGAAUUCAGUGAUGGAUGAUAACAAGCUUCUCACAUUGGCUAAUGGAGAGAGAAUCCGUCUACAGAACCACUGUGCACUCCUAUUUGAGGUAGGAGAUCUGCAGUAUGCAUCCCCAGCUACAGUUUCUCGGUGUGGAAUGGUGUUUGUGGACCCCAAGAAUCUUCGCUAUGCUCCCUACUGGGGAAAGUGGGUCAACAGCAGACACUCUAAAGAGCAGUUUGAUCUCAGCAAACUGUUUGGAAAGUAUGUGCCAAGUGCCAUUGAUAUGAUAGUGGACGGUAUAGUUGAUGGUAAACAGACAGAGAAACUGAAGACAGUAAUCCCUCAAACUGAUUUAAACAUGGUGACGCAGUUGACUGUGAUGCUGGAUUCUCUGCUGGAGAACGAAGACUUGAGUUCUGAAGAGCUGGAGUGUUAUUUUCUGGAGGCGCUGUACUGUUCACUCGGGGCAUCUCUGCUGGACGAAGGCAGACAGAAGUUUGAUGAUUUUAUUAAAAAGUUGUCUUCGCUGAACAGUGUUCAUGAUGAGAAGGUGCUUGCUGGCCCUGGAGAGAUUCCAGUUCACUUGCCAACUCUCUUUGAUUUCCAUUUUGAUGGGAGCAAGAAGAACUGGGUUCCCUGGAGCUCCAUGGUGUCAAAAUAUGUUCAUGACCCUGACAUGAAAUUCAUCGACGUCCUCGUUCCAACAGUGGACACCACUCGUGCUAACUGGCUGUUAGAACAGAUGGUGAAGGUGAAAAGACCAGUGGUGCUGGUUGGAGAGUCUGGUACCUCUAAAACAGCCACCAUACAGAAUUUCCACAACAAUCUCAAUACAGACACAACAAUAAUGAUGGCAAUCAAUUUCUCCUCGAGAACAACAUCCAUGGACCUGCAGAGGACUCUGGAGGCAAGUGUUGAGAAAAGGACCAAGGACACAUAUGGACCUCCAAUGGGAAAACGGCUCCUUGUUUUUAUGGAUGACCUCAACAUGCCAAGGGUGGAUGAAUAUGGCACCCAGCAGCCUAUAGCUCUCUUAAAGCUGUUGUUGGACAGAGGUGGGAUGUAUGACAGAGGCAAGGAACUUAACUAUAAGAUCAUAAAGGACUUGGGCUUUAUUGCGGCCAUGGGGAAAGCAGGGGGCGGAAGGAAUGAGGUGGACCCUCGAUUCAUCUCUCUCUUCAGUGUCUUCAACAUCCCCUUUCCCAAAGAGGAGUCCCUCCAUCUUAUCUACUCUUCUAUUCUGAAAGGACACACUAAACCCUUUGAGGAGUGCAUCCAAAACAUCUGCGACAAGUUGACCUUCUGUACGCUUGAGCUGUACAAAACCAUCAUUAAAGAUCUACCACCGACACCCUCCAAGUUUCACUACAUCUUUAACCUGAGAGACCUCUCCAGAGUUUACCAUGGCUUGACACUGACCAGUCCUGAAAGGUUUUUCACGGUCAACCAGUUUGUCCGUGUGUGGAGGAAUGAAUGCUUACGAGUCUUCCACGACAGACUUAUCAACGAAACCGAUAAAGUCCUGGUUCAGGGACACAUAAAGAAACUGAUUGAAGAGCACUUCACAUCAGACCUCGAUUCAGCCAUGAGAGACCCAAUUCUGUUUGGAGAUUACAGAACUGCUCUUAAAUCUGAGCCAAGAGUCUACGAGGACGUAUUAGACUAUGAUGCAUCCAAAGCUCUGUUUCAGGAGAUCAUGGAGGAAUACAACGAAAGCAAGACCAGAAUGAACUUGGUUCUGUUUGAGGACGCUCUCGAGCACUUGACUGUCAUUCAUCGGAUCAUCAGAAUGGACAGAGGUCAUGCGCUGCUGGUCGGUGUGGGCGGAUCAGGGAAACAGUCUCUUACAAAGCUGGCUGCUUUUACAGCAGGUUAUGAGGUUUUUGAAAUUGUGCUUAGUAGAGGAUACUCGGAGGCUAACUUCCGUGAAGAUCUGAAAACUCUUUACCUUAAAUUGGGUAUAGAGAAUAAGAAAAUGGUCUUUCUGUUCACUGAUGCCCAUGUGUCUGAGGAAGGUUUUCUGGAGCUUAUCAACAACAUGCUUACCUCAGGGAUGGUUCCAGCACUGUUCCCAGAUGAUGAGAAGGAAUCGGUCCUGAAUCAGCUGCGCGAUGAGGCCAUGAAGAUGGGUUCUGGGCCGUCAAAAGAGAGCGUGUGGCAAUACUUUGUAAACAAGAGCGCUAACAACUUACACAUAGUACUGGCCAUGUCUCCUGUAGGAGACACUCUUAGAACACGCUGCAGGAAUUUCCCAGGGUUGGUUAAUAAUACUGUCAUUGACUGGUUCUCACCAUGGCCACUUCAGGCUUUACAUGCAGUGGCCAAGUCCUUCCUUGGUGAGAGUCCCAUGAUCCCAGAAUGCAAUGCAGAAGCGGUGAUCGAUCACGUCUGCAUGGUGCACAGCUCUGUUGGCGAGUACAGUAAACUGUUUCAGCAAACACUUCGCCGCAGCAAUUACGUGACUCCAAAAAACUUCUUGGGCUUCAUUAGCACCUACUCCACCCUCCUGGAGGAUGAAGAUAAAUACAUCCUGGCACAAUGCAAACGUCUGGAGGGGGGAUUGGAUAAAUUAAAGGAGGCGGGUGAACAACUAGCGGAGCUCAACAUUAAACUGGCCGAUCAGAAAGUUGUUCUGGCAGAAAAGACUUCAGCCUGCGAGAUCCUUCUACAGGAGAUCUGCUCUAAUACUGCUGUCGCUGAGGAGAAGAAAGCCCUGGCAGAGGAGAAGGCUAAUGAGAUAGAGGAACAAAAUAAUGUGCUAGUGGUGGAAAAGAAAGAUGCUGAGAGCUCUCUGGCGGAAGCUCUUCCUGCUUUGGAGGCCGCACGCAUCGCCCUGCAAGACUUGGACAAAGCAGAUGUCACAGAGAUAAGAUCCUUUGCAAAGCCACCCAAACAGGUGCAGGUUGUGUGUGAGUGUAUCCUGGUAAUACGCAGCUACAAAGAGAUCAACUGGAAGUCAGCCAAGGGUAUGAUGUCAGAGGGCAACUUCUUGCGCUCGCUUAUGGAAAUGGACUGUGACUCGAUCAAUGCAGGUCAAAUAAAAACAGUCAAAGCUUACCUAAGGAACCUAAACACCAGCUUUGAGGAGAUGCAGGCCAUCAGUAAAGCUGGUUCUGGCAUGCUAAGGUUCGUGGUGGCAGUUAUGGGCUACUGCAACGUGGCCAGAGAUAUCAAACCUAAAAGGGAGAAGGUGGCUCGACUGGAGAGGAAUUUCUUCCAGAGUAAGCGCGAACUAGAGCGGAUCCAAAGUGAGCUCGGUGCCAUCCAGAAGGAACUUGGAGCUCUAGGAGACAAAUAUGAAGCUGCUAUGACAGAAAAGCAGCUUUUGCAGGAGGAGGCCGAGGUUAUGGAGAGAAGACUCAUUGCUGCAGACAAACUCAUCACUGGCCUUGGAUCAGAAAAUGAUCGUUGGACUAAGGAUCUGGACGAGUUGAAGCAGAGGCGAGUGCGUCUUCUGGGAGAUUGUCUAAUCUGCUCGGCCUUCCUCAGUUAUGAGGGAGCAUUCAGCUGGGACUUCCGCAAUGAGAUGGUAUAUGAGGUUUGGCAGAAGGAUGUGCUGGAAAGAGGCAUUCCUCUGAGCCAACCCUUCCGAAUUGAAAACCUGCUCACAGAUGAGGUGGAGAUCAGCAGGUGGGGCUCUGAAGGUCUUCCUCCAGAUGAGCUUUCAGUACAGAAUGGCAUCCUGACCACCAGAGCCAGUCGCUUCCCCUUGUGCAUCGACCCACAGCAGCAAGCCCUCAACUGGAUCAAAAAGAAAGAGGAGAAAAACAAUUUGAAGAUCUCCUCAUUCAAUGACCCAGACUUCUUGAAGGGGCUGGAGUUGGCCAUCAAAUAUGGCUUCCCAUUCCUAUUCCAAGAUGUGGAUGAAUACAUUGACCCAGUUAUUGACAAUGUCCUGGAGAAGAAUGUUAAAGGAGCAGAGGGCCGUCAGGUGGUGGUUUUGGGUGAUAAAGAAGUUGACUAUGAUCCCAACUUCAAACUCUACCUCAAUACCAAACUGGCAAACCCUAAGUUCUCUCCUGCAGUGUUUGGGAAGGCCAUGGUUAUCAAUUACACUGUAACACUGAAGGGGCUGGAAGACCAGCUGCUGAGUGUCAUUGUGGGAUUCGAGCGAAAGGAGCUUGAGGAGCAGCGAGAGCGUCUCAUUCAGGAGACCAGUGAGAACAAGCGUUUGCUCAAAGACCUGGAAGACUCGCUGCUGAGAGAACUGGCCACGUCUACUGGAAACAUGCUGGAUAAUGUAGAGCUGAUCCACACCCUGGAGGAAACCAAAUCCAAGGCCGGCGAGGUCUUUGAGAAACUAAAGCUGGCAGAAAAAACAGCCUUCGAUAUUGACAAGCUGAGAGACGGCUACCGUCCGGCCGCCAAGCGUGGGGCUGUCCUGUUCUUCGUCCUGGCUGAGAUGGCUCUGGUCAACAGCAUGUAUCAAUAUUCGCUUGCGUCCUUCCUGGAAGUGUUUGACCUCUCACUGUCCAAGUCACUGCCUCAUGCCAUCCUGUCCAACAGACUGAAGAACAUCAUGGACACACUGACGCAGAACGUGUAUAACUAUGGCUGUACCGGUUUGUUUGAGAGGCACAAACUUCUCUUCUCCUUCAACAUGACUAUUAAGAUCGAGCAAGCUGAGGGUCGGGCUCCUCAGGAUGAACUAGAAUUCUUCCUCAAAGGUAACCUGUCCCUAGAGAAAAGUCAGCGUAAGAAGCCAUGUACCUGGCUGCCUGAUCAGGGUUGGGAGGAUAUAGUACGUCUUAUGGAACUCUUUCCUAAUGAGUUUGGAACUUUGGCUGAUGAUAUAGAGAAGAAUCUUGAAGAAUGGAAGACAUGGUACAAUUUGGAUGGUCCGGAGCAGGCUGCCUUUCCCAUGAAGUACAAAGAAAACCUCACUCUCUUCCAGAAGCUCCUACUGAUCCGCUGCUUCAGGCUAGACCGAGUCUAUCGUGCCGUCAGUGAUUAUGUCACGCUUACUAUGGGAGAGAAAUUUGUGCAGCCCCCAGUGAUCAGUUUUGAAGCCAUCUUUGAGCAGAGCUCCCCAAACUCUCCCAUCGUGUUUAUUCUGAGUCCAGGCUCAGAACCGGCCAAUGAUCUGAUGAAGCUGGCCAAACGCAAAGACUUUGGGACCAACAGACUCAAAUUUCUUGCUAUGGGCCAGGGACAAGAGAAGGUUGCACUGCAGUUGUUGGAUACGGCAGUGGCCCGAGGCCAGUGGCUGAUGCUGCAGAACUGUCAUCUGUUGGUGAAAUGGCUAAAGGAUCUGGAGAAAGCACUGGAAAGAAUUAGUAAACCCCACCCAGAUUUCCGCCUGUGGCUUACGACAGAGCCCAUUUACGACUUCCCCAUCGGCAUCCUGCAGAAAUCUCUCAAGGUCGUUACAGAACCUCCAAAUGGUUUGAAGCUGAACAUGAGGGCAACGUAUUUCAAGAUCCCUCACGACAAGCUGAUGGGCUGUGCUCACCCAGCUUUCCGCAGUCUGGUUUAUGUCCUGGCCUUCUUCCACGCUGUGGUACAAGAGAGACGCAAGUACGGAAAGAUUGGCUGGAAUGUGUCUUAUGACUUCAAUGAGUCUGACUUCCUGGUGUGUAUGGAAAUCUUGGACACCUACCUGACAAAAGCCCAAACCCAAGGAGAUGCCAUGAUACCAUGGGGAAGUCUCAAAUACCUAAUUGGAGAGGUGAUGUAUGGCGGCAGGGCUAUUGACAGCUUCGAUCGUAGGAUCCUCACAGUUUAUAUGAAUGAGUAUCUGGGAGAUUUCAUCUUUGACGCAUUUCAGCCCUUUCACUUCUUUCAUGAUAAAAAUGUGGACUACAAGAUUCCACCAGAUGGACCCAAGCAGGUUUAUGUCGAUGAGAUUGAGUCACUGCCCUUUGCAAACACAGCAGAAGUGUUUGGUUUGCAUCCUAAUGCUGAGAUUGGAUACUACACACAGGCCGCCCGAGACAUGUGGACGCAUCUUAUAGAGCUCCAACCACAGACAGGUGACUCCGGCGGUGGCAUCAGUCGUGACGAGUACAUCAGCCAGGUGGCGCGGGACAUUCAAAGCAAACUCCCCGAAGUGUUUGACCUGGACGUGAUCCGCAAGAAGUUUGGGCUCGAGAUAUCCCCCACAUCUGUAGUGCUGCUCCAAGAGCUGGAGCGCUUCAACAAACUAACCGUCAGGAUGUGUCGUUCACUGGCUGAACUACAACGGGCCUUGGCCGGAGAGGUUGGAAUGAGCAGUGAGUUGGAUGAGGUGGCGAGAGCUCUGUUUAAUGGCCAGAUUCCUGGAAUCUGGAGGAAACUUGCUCCAGACACUCUCAAAUCUCUAGGAAACUGGAUGAUCCACUUCAAGAGACGCUAUGAACAGUACAUCUUAUGGGUGGAGGAGGGAGAACCCAACGUGAUGUGGUUGUCAGGGUUACACAUCCCAGAAUCAUACCUGACAGCACUGGUCCAGGCCACCUGCAGGAAGAACGGCUGGCCACUGGACCACUCCACCCUGUACACUGAGGUUACACAAUACAGGAGUGAGGACGAGAUCAAAGUUAAACCGGGACAGGGUUGUUUUGUAUCAGGUUUACAUCUGGAGGGUGCAGACUGGGACAUUGAAAAGGGCUGUCUGGUCCGGUGCAAACCCAGAGUCCUAGUUGCCCAGCUGCCCAUUCUGAGAAUAAUACCGAUCGAAGCAAGUCGCCUUAAACUCCAGAAUACGCUGAGGACUCCGGUCUACACCACCUCCAUGAGGAGGAACGCUAUGGGUGUUGGACUGGUGUUUGAGGCUGAUCUCCACACUCCUAAACACAUUUCUCACUGGGUGCUGGAGGGAGUGUGUCUAUGUCUUAAUGCUGACUGAUAAGUCAUUGACAGAUCAUUAACUGUUAUCUUGAUGUUUUUUACUUAUAUUACUUAAUUUAUAUUACAGAAUAAUACAAUUGAUGUUCCUAAAGGUUUGUGACCUGAUUCAUUUUACAAUUUCAAAUACCUGCACGUUUUGUGUUUGUGACCACAUAAUGGCAACAUACAAAGCGUUAUUGGUUCUUGAUUCCACAUUGAAGUAUUUUUUGUUACUUUUUCUACAUUUAAUUCAUUUUCUUUUCUUUUACCUUUUUAGUUUCUAUUUUCAAAAAUGUAACCACAAAAGCAAUUAAAGGGCUUACAUUUUUCUUGUCUAUUUGCCUCUGCCUUAUGCCUUUUACAUAUACUGAAAGUGAAAGUUCACCCAAAAACGAAAAAUGAUUUCAUAAUUUACUUAUUAUUUCAAACCUAACUUUCUACUGCAGAACACAAAAGAAGAUAUUUUGAAGAAUGCUGGUAACCAAAUAACAUUGGUCCUCAUUGACUUCUUUUGGAUAGACACAAAACCAGAAAGACUUUUUUCAAAAUAUAUAUUUUUUUGUGUUCCAGGGAACAAAAAGUCAUUAACAUGUUUUUUUAGGGGGGGUCAAGUGCUUUCCCAUUUGUGUUACAUUACUUCAUCACUGGGGGGCGCACUGUCCACAUUCUCUACACCAACGUUGGUGCCAUUUUUAAAAGGACUGUACGAUUUGUAUAAAAUUGUUUAGGAAGCAGUUUUUUAGUUUUAUUACUCAUGUUGUACAGGCUUUUUUAAUUCACAAGGAUGACUGCGACCAGUUUGUGUACAUAACAAUGGACAAACGGAGAAAGACAAUCAUAUUCUCAUUGUACAUAACUUUGAUUAUCAGACAUACGUGAAACUCUGCUCUGCUUAAAGUUCAUUUACAUGCUUUGGUUUUGAAAAAGAAAUGCAUUUGAGUUCUCACACCUGGUUUGGGGACCUAUUGAAGGGGUACUUCACCCAAAAAUGAAAAAUUCUCUCAUCAUUUACUCACCAUCAGGUUGUUCCAAAUCUGAAUAAAUUUCUUUGUUCUGAUGAAAACAGAGACAGAUAUUUGGAAGAAUGCGUAUAACCAAAUAGAUCAUGCCCCCUAUAGUAGGAAAAAUUACUUUAUCUUUUUUGUUUUGUUGAACACAAAAGAAGACAUUUUGGAGAAUGUAGGACAGCAAACAGUUCUGGGGCACUUUUGACUACAAUUGUAUUUUUCCUACUAUGAUAGUCAAUGGGG